AUGCCCUCCCUCAGUGAGAAGCCCAAGACGGCCAUCGUCGUCGGCGCCGGCGCCGGCGGCGUAGCUCUCGCCGCCCGCCUCGCCAAAGCAGGCUUCUCCGUUACCGUCGUCGAAAAGAACUCCUUCACCGGCGGCCGCUGCUCCCUCAUGCACCACGAGGGCCACCGCUUCGACCAGGGGCCCUCCCUCUUCCUGCUCCCCCAGCUCUUCCACGAGACCUUCCGCGACCUCGACACCACCAUGGCGGACGCUGGCGUCGACCUGCUGCGCUGCGAGACCAACUACAACAUCUGGUUCCACGACGGCGAGCUCUUCCGCCACUCCUCCGACCUCGCCGCCAUGAAGUCCCAGAUCGAGCGCUGGGAGGGCAAGGACGGCUUCGAGCGCUACCUGCAGUGGUUGCGGGAGGCGCACACCCACUACGAGGUCUCGGUGCGCGAGGUGCUGCACAAGAACUUUAGCAAGCUUGUCAAUCUGGCAAGGCCGCGGUUCGUGAGGCAUGUGGUGUCGCUGCACCCGCUGGAGAGCAUCUGGAGCAGAGCGAGCCGGUAUUUCUGGACCGAGAGGUUGAGGAGGGUGUUUACCUUUGCUGUUAUGUACAUGGGCAUGUCUCCGUUUGAUGCGCCGGCGACGUACUCUCUGCUGCAGUACACCGAGUUUGCGGAGGGAAUUUGGUAUCCCCGCGGUGGCUUCCACUCGGUGGUCGCAGCGCUGGUUCGUAUUGGUGAGAGUCUGGGGGUGAAAUACCGUCUCAACACGCCGGUAUCAAAGGUCUUGACAGACGGCCAGAAGGCGACUGGUGUCAUUCUCGAAUCAGGGGAAUCACUCACAGCAGACGUCGUGGUCGUGAAUGCCGACCUCGUCUACGCUUAUGGCAACCUCCUCCCUCAAACUCCCACAAUAACCAACUACUACGAGUCGCUGCAAAAGAGGGAGCCAAGCUGCAGCUCAAUCUCCUUCUACUGGUGCCUUGACCGCAAGGUCCCCGAGCUGUCCACGCACAACAUCUUCCUGGCGGAGCAGUACCAAGAGUCGUUCGACGCAAUCUUCAAGCGUCACUCACUUCCCGAUGAGCCCAGCUUCUAUGUCAACGUCCCGAGCCGCGUGGAUCCCUCCGCGGCGCCCGAGGGCAAGGACACCGUCAUCGUCCUCGUGCCAAUCGGCCAUCUCUCACGCUCAAAGAACGACGACGGGCUGACGACGGAUGAGAAGGACUGGGAUUCCAUCGUUUCCAAAGCCCGUUCCAUGAUUCUCUCAAUCGUCAGCGAGCGCACAGGCUGCCCGAACAUAGGCGACAUGAUCACCCAUGAGAUCGUUAACACGCCCCUGACGUGGGAGGAUAAGUUCAACCUCGACAAGGGCGCAAUUCUCGGCCUUAACCACGGCUUCUUCAACGUCUUGGCCUUCCGCCCGAAGACGCGUGCAGAGGGGCUGGAGAAUGCUUACUUUGUGGGUGCUAGCACGCAUCCCGGAACCGGUGUGCCUAUUGUGCUGGCGGGAGCCAAGAUUACGGCAGAGCAGAUUCUAGAUGACCGCAGGCUGGAGGUUCCAUGGGCCCGGGGUUUCAACGGCAUGUUGCAGCCGCAGUCGGCGUCACCGGGAAACAAGAAAUUGGAUACGGUGCGGUAUGGUUUCCACUUUGGAUCAGAGGAGGUAGCUAUUCUGCUAAUUGGGUUGUUCUUGGCAAUUGGUUAUUUUGUCAUGUUGCCGACUGUUCAAAGCUACGUUUGCUAG